GAAAAGAGAAAAGGUGGUGUCUACCAUUUUCAUGAUAUUCCACUGAGAGAUGUUCAAAUGGUCCAUAGGUGGUGGCAAGUCAAUGGAGACAGGGUGAGACUGUGUGCCUCAAAAUUGGGGAGCGUAAGAGAGAGGAAUCCACGCUUUUUUUUUGCCUCACCCCACGCGUGAAUAUACUAUACUCUGCUACCUUUUCGGGUUUCAAACCCCAAUCAUCCUUUUUCACCAUUACUCUUUAAAACACACCCUUCACAUUGUUUCUGUUAACCCAUUAACACCACCAUCAUCUCUUUCAUCCAACACCACAACACAACACAACACACUGCUCUCUUCCUUUUUCUGCAAGAAGGCUCGCUUGUUUCAGUUUAAGCUACACCACCAAAUAUGUCUAAUAUGAUAGAGGUGAGAGUUCCAAAUCUUGAUUGUGAAGGAUGUGCUUCAAAACUAAAGAAAGCUCUCUUCAAACUUAAAGGAGUAGAUGAGGUAGAAGUUGAAAUGGAAUCACAGAAAAUAACAGUGAGGGGCUAUGGCUUGGAGGAAAAGAAGGUUCUGAAGGCAAUCAAACGUUCAGGGAAAGUGGCAGAACCAUGGCCAUUUCCAGGGCAUGCUCAUUUUUCUUCAUUUUACAAGUAUCCUAGUUACAUUGUUAACCAUUACUAUGAUGCAUACAAAAGUGAAGCUACCAAUGGAGUUCACAGUUUCUUCCACACCCCUGCUGUAUAUUCAGUUGCUGUGGCAUCUGAUGAAGCAUUUGCUUCUCUCUUCAGUGAUGAUAACCCUCAUGCUUGCACCAUAAUGUAAUUGAAUUAGAUCAGUUUCAUGCAUACUUUUUCCUCACUUCAGGUUAGUUUCUCUUUCAAGAGAAAAAGAAGAAAUUGAGAGUGAGACAUUUUCUCCUAGUAAAUUAGAGUUUGUUUACUAUUGGUUGAUUUUUUUUUUGCCAAUUUUCUUGAGUGUAUUGUCUUGUGCCUCCUUUUGAUUA